AUGAAGAUUCUCACCAAGGAAGAAGAGGCAAACCACUACCGCGCCGUCGUCAAGGGCGGCACCAUCGGCGGUCUCGUCGGUCUGGCCGGCGGUGCAGCAGGUGUCAUGCUCGCAUCGCGACGAUUCCACACAAUCCGCAACCUGACAACCCCCAUGAAAGCCUUCCUCACUACGUCCUCCGGUACCUUCGUCGGUAUCAUCGCCGCCGAUCAUGCGUCGCGGGACUUCGAGACCCAGCAAAAUGCCCAGAAGCUCUGGUACGAAAACCGCGAAGAGCGUCUCCACGCUGAAGAAAUGCGCGGCCUCAGUUUCCCCGACCGCGUCAAGGCUUUCGCCCGCCGCGAGAAGUACAAGAUCAUCGGCGCCACCUGGGUCGCCUCCAUCGUUGGUUCGUUCAUGCUUGUCAACCGCAACCCCUUCCUUUCUAGCUCGCAGAAGAUUGUCCAGGCUCGUGUGUAUGCGCAGGGUCUGACGCUCGGUGUUUUGUGCGCGUCGGCGGCAUUUGAGAUUUCGGAUCAGCGCCGUGGUCGGGGUAUUCUCGAUGCUCAGAAGGAUAAGAAGAAGAAUCAGGAGGCCGUUGAUGAGGCUCCUGUUCACUCGGGUAACAAGGACGAGGGUGAUCUUUGGAAGGAUAUGGUUGCUGCGGAGGAGCAGCGGUUGAAGUCUAGGCACCAGUCUCUGCACCUGAAGCACGCCGAGGAGCAUGCCGAGAGCGAGAAAAAGACUUCCGAGGACUCUGAUGAGGAGAAACAGGAUGAGAAGAAGGACAACAAGUCCGAGAAGUCCGAGUCCAAGCCUAAAGAUGAACCCAAGGCUGAGAAGGGCGAGGGUAAGAAGCAAUAA